UGAUUCCUUGAAAAAGCACGAACUGAGCAGAGAGCCGCGGUGAAAUUGCGGUUGCAAUUUGCUGUUUUAGGGGACCGAUUAUUGUUCUAGCAAAUUUUCAAAACUGAGGUCCUUAUGAUAGAGUUCUCAUUGAUGUUCAGCGCUCACAAUUUGAUGAGAUAGCUUCUUCUCAGCCUGUGAACUUGCGACCUUUGGACGUAAGUGUUUAUUUGCUUCGUUUAUGUAUGUUACGCUAUUAGUCGCUAAUUGUCGAGUCGGAGAUGCUAACACCAGAAUACGCUACCCUUUAACUGGCGCUGAAAUGAAGCAUAUAAGCUUACAGGGUAAGCGUAAUGUAAUAAAAAACGACGAUCGAGGUUAAAUUCUUAUCAAUUCCGUACAGCUACGUACAGCUGCAGCUGCUAAAUUUGACGCAAAGGGACGGAAACAUCGACUAGUGUAUGCUUUCCUUAUAACAAGAAGAUGAAGAAAACCCCGACUGAUCUUGCUGAGAUGUGGUUAUUGGGGCUUAAGGGUUAAGAAAAUGGUGGAAGGAUUUCACCAUUAAGCCAAGGUGAAAUAUCCUGUGGGCCAUUCCAUUUUUGUCCGUAGCCCUCAAAUGAGGGGUCAUACUGAACACCCCUUGGAAGCAUUUUCCAAAAUGACCAUCCCAGAGGAUUUUGGCGAAAAUGCAUCCCCCUCCCGCUAGAAAAAGUAAACUGUUUUAAAACCCCUUCGGGAAUAAUAAUGUUUGGGAGACACCGUUUCAUUAUCACCCUAGUCACAAAUUCAGCAUAUGGUGUAGAGGCUAGUAUGGUCUAUAGAGACUAGGACUAUAUUUUUAGGCAAUUUUAUACUCUUAAUAAAAUUCAAGAAGUCUGUCUGUCGUAUCCUUUAAAUACGAGACUUUUUUCCGUACUACUGGCUGAAUGAGUCGAUCUACAAACGCAGAUAUCUGCUCCGUGGGGCCAUCGCACCCUGAUAUUAUGUAGGUCUACGGGGAGAAUCUUUGUACGUGUGUGGAAAACAGGGAUACCCAAAGGAUUAGUUGAAGGGAUAGCCAUUUUGCUGCUAUAUCAUCAACGUGGCCUUCCUGCAGCCGCAACUUAAUUAGCUGUUUAACUUUUCUGGUUGUGAUUUCAACCAUAUACAUGUAGGUUGAGUGAGGGGUUGAUAAUAUUAUUUCUCUCAUUUACAGUAGCAAAGCUUAACCCUCUUUGAUCUUAUUUUCUCUGCUCAUCAUAAGGGAUUUGGUUCCUUUGUCUGCCUUUUUGAGUGUAAUUGGUUUUGUCACACGAUUUAGUGCUUUUGGCUCACCGGGUGUGAUAGCCACAGUCUGUCAGAUUUCACGUGAGAUGAAUGUGGCUUGCUUUCUUUACCAUAUUAUAUGUAUUGGAGGUACAUUCAAAAUAGAUCAAAAUACACUUGACGAUUUAAUUCAGUCCCUUUGCUGCUGCUCUGAACUCCCUUUAACAUCUUCUUACUUGGUCUGCCCCCUCCCCCUCAAGAAAAACCAGCCCUUCAAUAGGGGAAUGCAGUUUAAAAAUGGAGUGGCCCAAUGUACCAGCGCUGUCACUAACAUUUCAAGUUGCCAGGGGAAUGCGAUUAGUAGGAGGGGAAUUGUGCAGCGAGGAUGUUCUUUUGGUUUUAUUUUCCUUUGUUUCCUGUACAAGAAGCCAGUGCUCCUGCUCAUAGUAGCUGGGGAAAAUCCCCGGCCCCUGGCUCUUAGUGACAUCCCUGCUAUGUACUGCCUAAAAACAUAGCAAAGCUCACCAGAUGGCAUUUGUUAUUAAGGUGUCCCCUUGCCUACUUUUGUUGGAAAAUAGAAAAAAUAGAACCAAACAAAAUCCCCUGCUGUUGGAUUCCCUUCCUACUUGUAUCAUUAGCCCGACAACUUGAAAUUUUAAUGACAGCUCUUCUGUUUUUCUCUAUUGACCAAGCAAAGAGCUCUAUGCAAGAUGAGAGUGGUUUCGCUGCAUUGGUUGACCGUGUAGUCACCGAUGCAACUCGGUGGUAACAUGAUUUCUGAUUGGAGGAUUAAACUGUACUGUACUGUAUUGUGCCUCAAACUGCCCAAGACCAGGCUUGCAAUUAGUAUAGGUAAUAGCAUGAGUUGUAGUGGUAUAUUUGGCGUAAAUGCCAAAAGUGAUAUUUCGAGAUAUUAUUGUUAUACGUAAUUUCAAUUUGAAACAAAUUUGAAAUAUCACAAGUGGUAUUUAUGCCAAUUAUCAUGUACAAAUCAUGCUAUUAUUUGCUUAUAAAAUACUACUACCCACAAAAGCUUUGUAAUUUUCACAUGACAUUGUAGUCAUUCCAAAUUAAGCUGAAACACCACUGCUCUAAGCCAGUCAAAUUCCAGAAAUUUCUCAUGUAGUAGUAUAAAAAUGGGAACUGCACUUACAGCUUUAGAUUGAGGUUAUCAUGUCUUGUUGGAGUUAGAAAUAAUAUUUAAGUUCUGAAUAAAAGACAAUAAUAAUAGUGUUAUUGGAUCUGAGGAAGGAUGCUGUCGCAUUGUGGUAAAUAUUUUUUUGCCCUCUCAGUGUCAAAAAUAACCUUUCCCCUCCAGUAGUAAGAUAUGAUGGAGUCACGUAAGGCAGUUUUAAAUUUUGGGGCUUUGGACAAAAUCCUUAAUCGUGCAGCCAUUCAAAUAAAACCUCUUUGACAGUUCUUUCAUAUAUUUUUUUAUAUUUUUGCCGAAUUUUUACUUUGGCUCCUUUUGGGAGUGAAAGGUUAUGACCUCAGGUGUAAGCUGAAAUUCUUUUCUAGCUAUCUAACACAGCUAUGCAUUUGGUCUCCCACCUAUCGCCUACAAUAUGUUUUGACAAUGCUGGCUUGGGGCCAAUUUAAGCAAACUUUUACAUGUGUGCCCAUUGUUUCAGAGUUACAAAACAAUAGCUGGAAUUACCCCUUGUUGUUCAAGACCUAUCCACCAGAUUAACCACUAGGAAAUACAAUACGCCCUAUCCUAUGGAUAGUGACUUAAUUAUCCAGUGGGUAGCCCUUUCCAUAUUUUGAACUACUGGUGGCUGGUGUUUAAAGUAGGCCACUAUGGAUGGCACCAGCAUCCAUUAGUUAGACUGCUCAAUUAGAUCCGAACGCACUACACUACAUCUGUACAAGUUGCAGCUACGGAUAACUCUGUGUGUUCAGGUCAGGCGACUAGUUGCAGCAACACAUCAUAGCAACAAAUCGCUUCUUUUGUACUGGAGAAUUUUUUUUUAAAUAAUUAUUUGUCUGCUGCAACAGUAUUUUGUCCCACAACAAGUCACAUAAAUUCUGUCUGAUUUCCUUUUUUUGCAACAUGUUGCUGCAGCAAAAUUCUUUUGCAGAGACACAUUUAUUUUCGCAAAAAUUCUCUAAUCAGGAAGUGAUUCGUCGCUGUGAGGUGUUGCGACGUGUUCCUGCAACUUGUUCCUGCAACUUGUCACCUGGUGUGUACCAACCUACAGCUGUAACUGUAAUGAUUGAUUGACUGAUUUUAUUUUGCCUAUGACAAUACAUACAUGUAAAUAUAUAUCUGACUGCUAGUUAGAAUUCGUUGCUUUGCACUUACAGGAGAUCUUAGCAAGCCCUACUUGGGUUUUUCAAAGAAAAUCACCAGUCAAAAGCACCAAUACCCUACUUAUACUUUAUUAGUAGCAGUAGUAGUUGUAUUCUGAUGUGUAUAAUUUUGUUUCUUAUUAGCAUUUUCACAUUAUGCGAAAGGGAAAUUUUGUCAAGCGGAAGCACAGCCCACAGGUAACUUUUUGUUCUUUCUUUUAGUUACUAGUUUCCUCAAAGGUUUUACUAUUUUAUUUUAUAUAACCCAUGUCCACAAAAGAGGUGCCCAUGCAAUUCAAAAUUUUCUGACAACCCAGGAUUUAUUUGUACACAGAAAGAUGAUGUUAGUAGUAGUAGUGCUAAUGAGGAGGAGCAAGGCCAAAGCAUACAAGUCCAUAUUAAGAAAAACCCUCAUCAAGGAAAAAAGCUAAAAGAGAGAAGCAGUCCUCCUACAUCAGAAAAUGAAGACAAAAUGGCAGUUGAUGGAAAUUCUGACCCUGAAGACAUGUCAAAAAAAGAAGAGGCAGCUAGUACAGGCAAUGAUAAUCCAAAGGUAAUAUGUCGGACAUGUAUACAUGUAGUAUUAUGUGUUUAUUUGUGAAGCUGACUGAUUGCUGCAUGUUCAUGUACAUAUUGCAUGUCAUUGUGUAUUCUGACCCAGAUGGUUUUAGCCUGAACAUACAGGUUCUUGUAUAAAUGACAGUAAGCACAAGUUUAGGCUAUAGAGGUUCUUAAAUUGGACGGUACAAAAUGAAGACUGUAGACUGACCUCAGACAUUUCUUUUCACAUUUGUUGUCACAUACACUCUCAUUUGCAUGGUGAAAACAAUGGUCUGCAGCAGUGUGUACUGAUCAGUCUGUAAAUGCUAUGAUAGGUACAGCAUGAACAAGAAUUACUACAUGUAAGUUUAUGAAUAUCUAAGUAUGUACAGAAUAAUUUAAAGAACAUAUGACAUGUAUAAAGAUCUACAAAAAGCCAUUUGAGUGCACAGUACAAAAUGCUGACUCCAGACCAUUGUUUUCAGGGUUAGAAAACAAUGGGACUGUUGUUAUCACAUUCCAUGUGCAUGGUGAAGAAGCAGUUUGCAGUCUGCAUUUUCUGCUGACUGCUUCUUAAUCUUGAAUAGGUAAUAUUUUAUUUUCUGAAGAAAAAAAAGUGCAAGAAAAGAAGAACUAAAGCAUUGACCUCAAGAAUUUGAAGUCCUAUGGCUGUACUCUCCAAAAGGAUUCUGAAUGUUGACUUAUCGUAAUAUUUGCCCAAAUGAACAGAAUUUUUUCAAAAGAUUUUAGAAAAUAAGAAGUUGUUUCAAUAUUUUAGGCUAAACAGUUUGUUAUAUAGAGGUGGCUUAACUGGCAAAUUUUCGCCUAACAGUUUCAUGAAACCCAGGUUCUUAGUCAUGGGGUUUUACUGUAAACAAGCUGUCCAGAAGUGGCUUAUUCAACAGGGCCAUGUGGACAAAUUAUCAAUAAUAAUAAUUUUUUGGUAAUAUUUUAUUUGUCCACUUUGGCCCUGUUGAAUUAGCCACUUCUGGGCAGCUUGUUUACAGUAAAACCCCAUGAAUAAAACCCCAUUAUUAUAAAAAUCCCAUAUUUACCUUGUGAUCUUGGUUUUAAGGCUUUUUGCUUUUCUUCAGAAGAGGAGAUGCGGUUACACACACCAUGAUAAAAGUUCUUUCCUGUGGUAAAUUUGCCGCGGUUUUUUACUCGGGUAAACUUUACCACAGUUGAUUUCUGUUUUCACACAAUUAUUUUCCUGAGAAGCACUUGAAGGACUUUUAGAGCAAGUGGGAUUUUUAAAAACGGUUUUAAAAACUGUUGAUAUUCAGGAUAACAAAAAACAUAACCCAGAUGGUCCAAGCUUAAUUUCUGAAGUUUCAGAAUCAAGUGAACGAGCGAGUGAAUCCAAAUUCGAAUUUGCCCUACAAAAAAAUACAAAUGUUUGCUGACAUUAUCUGGUGUGACUAAGCGAAUGAUUUCAAAUGUUUCUCUGAAGACAAUUUUGAAAGGUAGCUUAUCAAAUAGUGCAAAAACCAGCCAUAACAACAAAUUGCAACAUGUUAUUCUUCUGGUGUUGUUGGAAAUAAAAGUGCUAAUUAGACCCUUGAUGAUAAACAAGAUUCUUUGUCAAUUGGAGCUUUGUGAUUGGUUGUCUUACCGUGGGCAGCAAAACAAACUUGCUAAUUAGCACAUUAAAGUCCUGGGCACUUUCUUUGUUGUUUUAUAUGUAUCCAUCGAUAUUUAAAACAGGAAAUUUACCUGGAAAAAUUCUGGUCACACACAUUAAUACAAUUUCCCCUUGGUAAAAGGUUCAUUUACCACAGUAAUAGUGUCCCAUGUAACCACACCUAGUGUCUAUUAAAAUACAUGUGGCUGCACAUUAACCACAAAAUGGUAUUAUCAACAUAAUGUCAGUCUUGAUUACUGCACUAACACAUUAAUUUAUACUCUAUUUGUAGGACAUUACAUCAUCCAGUUUUAAAGAGAUAAAUAAGACUGAAUCAUUAACAUCAAAGGAACAACAAGAACAACAUAUUAACAUAGAGAAAACUAAAUCAGGUACUAGUAUUAGUAAUUUAUAUUAUAGAGCGGUUUUCACUUGACUGUCGAAAGGGAUUGGUUUUGGUUUUGGUUUUGGUUUUACUACGCCCUUUGGUUGGCUAGUGUAUUUACUUUGGUUUUGGUUUUACGACAGUCAAGUGAAAACCGCUCUAUAUAUAACAUCACUUAAAACAUAAAAGAAACAACUAUUGUAAAUAAUUAUUAAAAGUACAGUGUAUUAAUUGUACCUGAGUUUUAAGGUACUUAAUUAUUUGGCCAUAAAAGCUGAGCAGUACUGCAUCUUUAUAUUUUUCAUUUAUUCCAGGUUUUAACUCAAGUUAAAGCUGUAAGAGCAAGGCUGUGCUCUAAGGAAAAUUGAAGGGAGCCUAGUGCUGUGAAACUGUAAAAUCUAGGGUUCCCAGCAUAUAUAUGACUGUAUAAAAAAAUGUGAUUUUCUAGUCGCCCAAGAGCAAAAGUUUAAGGUGCCAGGGGCCACUGGGCUCUGGUAGUGCACAGCCCUGGAGAGAGAUCAGCAUGAGAUUUCUCCUUGGACUUUCAAUGUUUUACAAAAUUGAGUGCUCUUGAGAAUUGGAUACAUGAUCACAGAACAUCCUGAUACUUCAAGAAAGUCUCCCCACUACUUCUAUUGAAAACAUACGGGGACAACAGAUCAGAAUUUGAAUUUUAAUAUUAGGUUUUGAUAUACACAUAGCUUCAGAUUACAUAAGUGCAUUGAGAUAAUAACGUAAAUUCUUGGAGAAAAAUAAAAGGAGUGUGAUAGCUGCAACUUGCAUGUACAAAAUGCAAUAUGGACUUGAAAUGAACAUGAAUGCAUGGAGAUAACUUUGGAAAACACUGCAUGAAUGUAUGAAAAAUAUAUAAACAUACUGCAUGUGCAGGCCUUCUUAUAGGGUGUGAUGAAAAAUCAGAAAUUCUGCGGCAUUUUCAGGGUAGAUUGCACGAUAAGAUAGGACUAUUAUGCGAUAAGUUAUGUGAUUUUAAUUUUGUCAGUGCUAAUUUACAUUGUUUUACCAGGUUUCAAAAGGGGAAAAACCACUUUAAUUGAAUUGUCUAACAGGCAAUUUGAAUGUAAAAGAAUAAUAAAACAUCUAUUUUAAAACAAAGUAGUUAAAUUUGUCCAAUUAUCUUGAUCCAGAAAAGAAAACAAUUAUUAGAAAGAAAGAAAAAGGACACUUUUUUAAUAAUUAUUACAUGAUGCCAUUACACCGCUGACCACACUGCUUGUCUCUGAAAUCAAAAUGGCUGCCCAGAUACAGCGAUCGAAGGUUUCAGAUGUCUUGCAAGGCUUUCUUUAGUGGUAAAUCACCUUAAAUAACAUUAAGGUUAGGAAAAUGUUCAAUUAAAGUUAGAAUUCAUUGUUUACUUUACUUGAAUUUAGUAUUUUUUUACGAAUUAUGCGAUUUUCCUCAAAUUGUGCGAAAUCGCACCAUCGCAUAAUAUCAGAUGGCUUGACUGUGCAGAUGAAGAGAUCCAGCAGGCUGCUUGUCUAACCUGUCUACAUCUAAGAUUAUUUAUCUGAGAAUUCUCAUCUUAUUUCAUCUCAGAGGCAAAGCCUGUGUCUUCAGUUGCAGACAAGAUGAACAUCCUUUCAAGUGGCAAAAAUGGUAAAUAAAUGAUUUAUGCAUGUUUACAGUGAAUAGUAUUUUGUUAUGACUGCUUGUUUGUUGUAAGGACCCAAUUAAAAAAUUACUUCUGCACCAGUUCCUCUUGGUUCAGUAUUACAGAUAUCUUAAGAUACAGAUGUCUUUAAUACUUUGACCCAACCAGUUCCAGUUAUCUCCAUCCCCAUGCAUUGUCUGUAUUCUUUUCAAGUACGUUAAGUAAUGAUUCAAACAAGAAGGAAAGUAUUGAGGGCUCUAUACUACACUUUUGAUUGGUUGAAACGUCAAAUUUUAUGAAGUCUUCGCAAAGCACCAUGUAUAUUAAUUUACUCCCUUGUUUUCUAACCAACUUCUGAGUCAUAAUGAAAUGUUCAAGUUCUCUGCAUGCAUAACAGCUACAGCUGUAUGCCUUUUGGCCACUAUGAAGGAACAGCAUUAACAAAGCAGCAUUACCUUGUAUGCCCCUCCUUUCCCAGCAAUUAAACAGGUCUACGUGUACAUGAUCUAUGGUGAUUGUUUGGUAUAACUUCAGUUGUUAACAUGAUCAUGAUUGUUUCAUUAAUUCUUUUUUAGUGAAACCCAAGAAAAACCUAUUUGCCUUUGACUUUCUUGGAGGUCAGUAUUAGUGUUAGCAGUUGUUCUCAGCUCUACCCUUCAGAAUUUACUAUUAAAUUAUUUCUGAUAAGUGCACAAUCAUACUACAGUAGUAAGUUAAAAGAAAAUUAAUGCUUUCAAACUUAUUGCGUCAAACAGAAGUUGCCCACCAAGCGAGUUGCUGUUUAUGAUGUCCAGACAUCGACAACUUUCCAUUGGUAACUUGAAAAAUAGCCAGUAUUUAUCCUUGGUUAUGCUCUGAGAGUGGGGAGUUGAUUAUUGAGGCCCUUUUGGGGGGGAGGGGGUGGGGGGUACAUGUAUGUAUGUCCCCUGCCUCAAUUUAAAAACGUGUUCUUUCACAUAUCGAGGGGGAAGCCAUACCCUCGUCGGUAUUUUAGUUUUGUAUUUGCAUAUCACUGCUGUCAAAAUUGUAACCCAUUAUUAGUUUUGGACUAAAAAAGAAAAUAAUGUUGUUAGUACAUAUGAAGUUGCUAAUGUUUUUCAGAUGAAGUAAGCAGUGAUGAAUCACAAGCUCUGCAGGCUCUCAGCUCUUUUUGGGUGACCACUGUUGCCAGAAAUAAAAAUGUCUUGAAACGACCUCCACCCAAAAACAAGAAAGAAGAGGAUUUUUACAACAAAUAUUGUGACAAACAGGGAAAACUCAGCAUCAAUGCUGCAACUCGUCUCAUGAGGUACAUUUUAUUUACUCAGUUUCACCAAGUCUUGUCAGGGUCACCAUAUCAGCCUUUGGUGCCAAUUAAAUGCGGCCCGUAACAGUCCCUCCCCCAUGAGAAAGAGACCACCACACCGGGAACUAUGUCCCCUACUCUUUACAAACAGUGCAUGGGUUCUUUAAUGUCCCACAGAAUUCAGCAUAGGUGCAAGGGUUGUGAGAUAGGGCCUCUGGUUUAUUUUCCUUAUCCAAGAAGGCUCGAAAAACUAACCAUUUGCAGUUGUGUUUACAAAGGCAGCACUUUCUCCCCAGUUAUUUUAAGACCCUAAGUGUUGGUCCGGCCAGAGUUUGAACUUGUAAGCAGCCACCUGCUCGGCAGAUUGGCACUUAUCCAAUUGAGGCGGUGGUUUAUACAUGUUGAAGUAAGCUGUGGUGCAGUGAGUCCCAUCCAUCCACUGUAUGGGUUCAACAAACAAACAAUAAUUAUUUUAUUGCUGCAUUCAGGUGUAUUUUGCCCUCUCUUUCCCUCCCUCUCCCCCUAAACCCAUCAUCCUCUCCUUCUGAAAUCAUUUUUGUCUCAUCACAACCCUCUGUCUGUUUCAUAAUCCUACAUGUACAGUGUAGAUAGAGACAAAGCAACUCGCCCAGCCAAAUAAUAAUUCUUUGCUGCUUGGACACUAGGUACCCCAGGUAUAGCACUCGUAAAUUUUUUUUUUUUUCGUAGACUUCCUCAUGUUAUCACAGUGUGCUUGAAAACCACUGCUCAGAUUGAAGUGGUUGUGGCCAAUAAGGACAAAGCUUUGGAGGAAUCUGAAGAACUUCGCGAGGAUUUCUUUGAAGUUGUUGAAGCCAUGGCGAUGCACUUGAUGUAAAAUCGCAAGCAAACAAAUAUUGGUAAAAACAUGCCCAUUCUAAAACACCAUUAUGAUUAUUAAUCAUUACAUGAGUUUUGCAUCGCACCUAUGUGACGUUGAAACUAUUAUUGUCUUAAAAUGUGGAAGGAAAACAUAAAAUAUAAUGCCUUUUUUUUUUCAGGUCAAGACCAAGUGUAAACGAGAUCAACUUUGGUUGACCAAGCCAUUAAUAGGGACAGUCUUAACAUUGGUAAAAUAAUUUUAGGCCCUGUGAACGUGUAUCUAGAUAUUUUUGAAAACAGAGUCUGUUUCACUGUUUUAGCCUUCUUUUGACACAUAAACAGCAUUUUUGGGCACAAAAAUGCAGGUAGUUGAAAGAUUUUCUUAGUGAAAAACAACAGAACAACAGACAGUCAGAGUAUUAUUUUUGUGAAGGAUAACAGAUGAAAUCCAUCCACCACUAUCUCCUAUGCUUGCCCUAAGCUUUGAAAUUCUGGAGUGACCACAAGACAAUGACUUGCAGGAGUUACAGUUAUUCCAAGUCUCCAUGGCUGCCAUGCACAAUACAUCUGCUUGGCUACAGUCCUUUGUGUAUGGAUGCAGUAUGCCCAGGGGGAACUCCCAUGUGAAAGGGGCAGGGAUGCUCGUCGGAAAUUUUGAAUUAUACCUCUAAAGGAGACCAAUUUGGGCGUGGUCCAACCGUUUUUGACCCCUAUAAAUGCUUUGAUUACAUGAAUCGAGUAAAUAAAAUUAAUUGAAAAUAUAUAAUUUUUUAUAUUUCUUCGUGUGCAACCCUAAAAGAGAUACCUUUUUGGCCAAAUAUAAUCAUUAAUGGCGUUUUGCCCAGAACGCCCUAAGUAAGACCACAAUUUACUCAAAAUUUACAUCCCUAAGCAAGAUGACAAGCAUCCCUGCCCCAUUCAUAUGGGAGUACUCCCACCCCCGGGGCAGCAUGGCCAAGUGACUUACGCCAGGCGCUGGAUUUCAACUCUGUCGCUCCGGUUACAAAUCUCCCUCAGACCACAAGCAGGAGUUGUUUUUAGUAGCAAUCCAACCCCGCUCCCCUCCGCAGGAUGGGAACUUCCAUAUGGUGGCAUAUUUCUUUAUGCACAAACCUGAAUGAUAUCUUUAUGGAUUAUAGGAUUGGCUCUCCAUCCUGAAAACUGCAAGAAAGACCAAAAUCUGCACUUUCUACCCCUAAGCGAGACAAAUAGCACCCCCGUCACUUUCACGUGGGAGGCUAGCCCUGAGUUAAGUUCCUCUGACAUCCUUGUAAAUAGCGUAAUGCUUUGCCUCCAAUCUGCUGAGAUUCUCACUUGUUUUCUCUCUGUUUUAUUUUCUGUCCCUUUUGCAAGCCACAAUGUAGUAUAGUACUGGGUCAUCAGUAGUGUUCCUCUCCAUAAGAUCAUCAAGAUCAAGUACAUGCCCAGAAGCUUGUAGUGCUGUGAAGAGGGAGGUGAAAAAAAAGACAUUUUCUAGCCUCCUCUUAAACCUUCCCCUUCCCCCUAAGUAGCUUUGAUUCGCAUCCUCAGUACAUCUGAAACCAAGAUGGCCACCUGUAAAGGGUAGGUGCUUGAUCCCGAGGAUUUUAUGGGAAAAUGGGGGGCUCUGGACAGUCUACCCGCUAUGAAGUCAAUCUUUUUUAAUCGCAAUUCCCUUCCGUAGGCAGCCACGGGAAAUGUACUUAUUUAUUUUCCAGACCUCACCUAUUGAUUUAUGUUUGAAUCAUACAGUUGACUCCCGAUGACUCGAACCCUCGCUAACUUGAACCUCCUCUAGAUUUCCUUCAUACAUUUACUGUAAUUUUACCCUCCAUAACUCGAACCAUGGUUUGAGUGUUUAAAAUGUAGGGUCACAAAUGUUUGUCACAAAUCUAGCGUGAAACAACUUUACUUCUCAAAACAGUAAAACGCAUAUUCUAUUUACAAUAGGCAAUGUUUUCUUACGUUACGUUCUGGUUUAUAAUCUAAAAGUAUCUUUCAAUUCCCACUCAACAUUUCUGCAGUAAAAUGUGAUUAAAAUGUUCACUGUACAGUAAAAACUGUUUUUUACCUUACUUCCGGCCAUUUUCCUUCGAACUCUCCGAUAAACUCCCGAUAACUCGAACGUUUUUCGAUUUCCCUUGAAGGUUCGAGUUAUCGGGAGUCGACUGUAUAUA